CAGGUGAGGAGGAUGCGUGGCGGGGCGGCGGGGUGCGCGGCUGCACGUGGGAACGGCUGGAUGCAUGCCAAGAUCAAUAUUGAUUCUGCAAACAUUUGAGGGUGAAAACGACUAUAGCGAUAGCACUUAUAUACAGCUUCAUGCUUUACAGCCCUCGCUAAGCGGUUUACUGAGUCAGCCUAUUGCCCCCCAACCAUCUGGCUCUUCAUUUUACCAACCUCUGAAGGAUGGAAGGCUGAGUCAACCUUGAGCCAGUCAGGAUCGAACUCCUGGAGUGAGCAAAGACCAUGUCGGAAAAGAUCCUCGUGACAGGUGGAGCUGGCUAUAUAGGGAGCCACUGUGUGCUGGAACUGGUUGAGGCUGGCUAUACCCCGGUAGUUAUCGAUAACUUCCACAAUGCCAUCCGAGGAGAAAAUAUGGUCCCGGAGAGCAUUCAGCGUGUGAUGGAGAUUGUGGGGAAGGACAUCCCAUUCCAAGAACUGGAUGUCCUUGACGAGAGAGCCCUUCAGCAGCUCUUCAAAAAGCAUCACUUUUCUGCAGUGAUACAUUUUGCGGGUCUUAAAGCCGUCGGAGAGUCAGUCCAGAUGCCACUGGAAUACUACAAGGUGAAUCUGACAGGGACCAUCCGGUUGCUAGAGACCAUGAAAGCUCAUGGAGUCAGGAACAUUGUGUUCAGCAGUUCAGCCACCGUCUACGGAGACCCCGCUUACCUCCCUCUUGAUGAGAAGCAUCCGGUCGGCAGCUGCACCAACCCCUAUGGCAAAUCCAAGUAUUUCAUCGAAGAGAUGAUCCAAGAUUUGUGCAAGGCGGAACCAGAGUGGAACGCUGUUCUCUUGCGAUAUUUUAACCCUAUUGGAGCUCACAAGUCCGGAAAAAUUGGAGAAGAUCCCCAGGGCAUCCCAAACAAUUUGAUGCCUUACGUUGCCCAGGUGGCUGUGGGGCGCAGAGAGCAUCUGAACAUCUUUGGGAAUGAUUAUGACACAGUGGAUGGGACAGGCGUUCGGGAUUAUAUCCAUGUCACUGAUCUGGCAAAGGGCCAUAUUGCAGCCUUGCAGAAGCUCAAGGAGAACUGUGGAUGCAAGAUUUACAAUCUUGGGACUGGUGUUGGCUACUCGGUCUUGCAGAUGGUCAAAGCCAUGGAGAAGGCAUCUGGAAAACAGAUAAACUACAAGAUUGUUGAACGCCGAGAAGGGGACGUAGCCUCCUGUUACGCAAAUCCUGGUUUAGCUGAGCGGGAACUGGGUUGGAAAGCUAUCUUUGGCCUGGACAAAAUGUAUUAUUAUGCAGAUAAUCCAGGACUUCUGCCCACUCCCUGGCCAGUAAUUCACAAGUGAUUUUUCAAAUCUCCCUGCUUUUCCCCCUAAUGUUAGCCUUGUGAGGAGAGUCAUUUGGAGAACAACUCUAAUGGAUUUCAAGGCUCAGGACAUCAAUGUUAUAUAAUUAAUAUUAAUGUGCACAUACAUUAAAAAACCCUUUCUGGAUGCUUCAAGAGAAGGAAUGGGCAAUCUUUUUGGAGCCAUGAGAGUUUCACUUAAAAAUUUAAAAAAUGGCUUCAAGGGCUUGAAGAUGGUGAUGUAGUGAUAUUCCUGGAAAAGGGGGGGGGGAAUCUUUUUUUUUUUUUUUUAAAGCUAUAGUUGUGUUUUACUAAAGCAAGCACAUUAUUUAUUCAACAGCCUCCCCUACCUCCCCCCCCCCCAAUCUAUUUUGCUGGAACAACUCUUAGAAUUGCUAUUUCUCAGGCCAGAGAGGAUGGACUUUGAUGAACUGUGCACCACGCUAUGUUCUGUCUCUGUUAGGAAGAAAACAGCAAGAAUAAAAAAUGCUGUGAACAACUCCCCCACCCUAUAGGCAGGCUUACAGAUUUGCACUAAAAUACUUUUAAGGAAAUCUUUAUCACAAAAAUGCCUAGCCACUCAACCUACUACAGUACAACCAACACAAGCUAUGAAAAGGAUAGCCCUGCCAAAUAUCAAAAACAUCUCAAAAACAACCAACAGACUAUUACAAUUACAAGGCACACAAAUCAGUCAAAGCUCUCCAAAACAUCUUAAGUAAACCAAAAGACCCAGCUACAACUUGUCUGAGACAGAGAAGUAUAAGAUUAGGACAGCAAUGCCAAUCUAGUAAUCAGAUGACACAAUGAAAAUCCCUUAAUCUCACAACACAUGGACAGAUCUACCCUAGUUUCAACUAGGAAACAAUGAGCAUUCCAGAUCAAGCCAAAUCUAAAAAUGCUAGAGAAUUCCUGGAAGCUUAGCAUUAGAUAAAUCAGCCAUCAAUAGACACAUAGAGAUAAACCACAUUUACACCCCAUUCAAAAGACACAAUAAAGAAGCUAAGAGGGAAACAAAAAGAUCAGAACACAUCCUCUCUAGCAGCCUACACCCAGAUAAACAGGGAUCAGCAUCAGACAAACUAUCAAGCAGAAAACUAUACAUUAAUCAAGGGACAACCGAGGAGAAAAACUACACAUCCACCAACAGUGGCAGGGCAAGCUAUUGUGUAUAAAUAGGGAGCUGACCUCAUACUCACUAGAACUGAUGGCGUUACUUAGUCAGGUAAUUAAACAUCUGCAAGCAAAUAACCAAGCUUGGAAAGGAUCAAGAACUCUACAGUUCAACUGUGAGCUAUUCUUUUAAGACUUUUCAGAUACUUUCAAGUGGUAAAAGCAGCAUUUCAGUACAGAUUUCAAGAGAUCCCUACAACAGUAAAUAUGCUAUGAAAAGUCUUGUAACAAAAAAGGUAGCAACACAUUCAGUUGCUCUAAGUUACCCAUUAGCCCUCUUUAAAGGAAGUCAAAACCGCACUAAGGUUGCCUGCUCCCUAAAAUCAAAUUUCCUGAAAAUCUGAACCAGAUAUAAGAAACACAGGGAAAAUGCUAACAAGCAAUUUGAUAACAAUACCCCAGGAAUACCUAGGGGGGAAAAGCGACAUCAAGAAUAAAUGCCUUGGGUAAAUUAUAUUAUUGCUGUAAUAAAUUAUUUACUUUUGAGGUGGUAAUGCGAAUUGGUUGUUGGUUGCAGUGGCAUCUAAAUAAGUAAUGAAUUUGCAGUAUACACUGGCUGCCCUCAUGCAAAAUGUUUUGUUAUGGUUUGAAUAAACUACAAUUGGUGAAAGUG